AUGUCAGCCAUUACAACUAAAAUCAUUGAAAAAUACAAUCUUAGCUCUAAGAUGGGUAUAUCUGAUCUCAGUCAAUAUACCUCAGAAUUUCUUGAAAACCUUACCGAUGAUAAGAAGCAAAAUCAGGCUUGCAGACACCUUCAGGAUGGUUUUAAAUUUAGCAGUGAACAGGUAGGUGUAUUGAUACCUAAUCAGAGAAGUGGGAAAAAUAAAACUAUAAAUUUAGUUGAAGGUAAUUGUAGAAUAGCAAUAACCAAGCCUCCAAAAAGUUUAGAAGAAGAGAUCGUCAGAGAGAAAGCAAAACAAAUCUUGCAAAAUAGAUAUGG